AUGCUCUAUUAUAUGGCUGCAGUACCAAGUCCACUACACGGUUUCUGUCGAGCAUUAGCGAUAGCCGAACGUACAGCAAUGCCCACAUUAAAAGAGCAAUUACCACAAAUUGACAUGCAGUGUGCUACUUUAAGUACACAAGAAUAUGAACGACUUCUAGAGAGAGAACGAGAACAGCUGCAAGAUAAUGAAACAGAACUACCUAAUGAUGGAUUUAUUUCAGUUGAUGGACUUCAUCAAGUAAAUCUAAUCAUGGACAAAUGUUUGUUUGUAUGUUUGUUUUCUUUUUAA